CUAGAGGGGGAGGGGGAGGGUAGUAUAAAAGUGAACAUGAAUGGAAUGGGAGUACAGUUGGUAACAAUGGUCUACGUUAGACUUCUUUUCCUGGCUUCAAUAGCUUCCCUAUGCGGGGUGACAUGGGGUGGUUAUGUCUCCCGCAGAAGGUGCGAGGCGCCCUCGUCCUACUACCCCCCACCACCCCCUUACCCCUCAUACGCUCCUCGCAAACCUGAGAAAAGCCCCGAAUGUACUCUCGGCGAAGUGGUCAACAAGCUCACGAACGCGCUGAUUUAUGCUACUAUACAUAAUUGUGGGAGGGGAAAUACUGGUGGUAGCGGAGGUGGUACCGGUGGUAACGGUGGUACCGGUGGAAAUAGCGCAAGCGGUGGUACGUUAGCAUCUGUAUUAGGCUUAGACGUGACUAUGCUUGGACAGGACCAACUUAAUCUAGACGUGUUACCGCUACUCGGUGGUAGCGGUGAUGGUACUCUUAGGUUAGGAUCACUGUUAGAAUUAGAUUUGAAUGGUCUGCUUGGUUCAGGUAGUUCAUUGUCUGGAGUCCUUGGAGGUUCUGGUGGUGGAGGAUUAUUGCCUGGAGUUAUUGGAGGGGUUACUGGAGGAUCUGGCGGUGGGGGAUUACUACCUGGUCUUCUUGAAGGCGUUACAGGAGGUUCUGACGGUGAGGGAUUAGUGCCUGGUCUUCUUGGAGGCGUUACAGGAGGUUCUGGUGGUGGGGGAUUAGUGCCUGGUCUUCUUGGAGGCGUUACAGGAGGUUCUGACGGUGACGGAUUAGUGCCUGGUCUUCUUGGAGGCGUUACAGGAGGUUCUGGUGGUGGGGGAUUAGUGCCUAGUGUUCUUGAAGGCGUUACGGGAGGUUCUGGCGGUGGGGGAUUAGUGCCUGGUCUUCUUGGAGGCGUUACAGGAGGUUCUGACGGUGACGGAUUAGUGCCUGGUCUUCUUGGAGGCGUUACAGGAGGUUCUGGCGGUGGGGGAUUAGUGCCUAGUGUUCUUGAAGGCGUUACGGGAGGUUCUGGCGGUGGGGGAUUAGUGCCUGGUCUUCUUGGAGGCGUUACAGGAGGUUCUGACGGUGACGGAUUAGUGCCUGGUCUUCUUGGAGGCGUUACAGGAGGUUCUGGCGGUGGGGGAUUAGUGCCUAGUGUUCUUGAAGGCGUUACGGGAGGUUCUGGCGGUGGGGGAUUAGUGCCUGGUCUUCUUGGAGGCGUUACUGGAGGUGGUAGUGGCAGUGGUAAAAGUAAUAGUGGAAGUGGUAAAGGUGCGGUAGGCUCCAUAUUAGGUGCGACCGGGAGUUUGCUGUGACAGGAUGCUGUUGUUGCAGAAGUUUUAUAAUAGUGUCGUUGGCGGUGGCAGUUUGUUGUUUGAGCAUAUAGACCUCCAAUCUACCCCCUUAGCUACUUAUUUCUAGAAUGUAUGACAAUAUAUUUUUUAAUAAAAUGAAAAAAGAAUUUUAAUUUUGUUGUUGUUCUAAAAAUUAAUUGACAAUAUUCUCUGACUUAAAUCUCUAUCAUGUUAAAACUGUUAAAAGUAAUCCUAUCAAAAACAUAAAUGCGAAAUGAGAGCCAAGUUCAAUAUUAAGAACGCGUCGAUGUUGACUUCGCCGGCAAUAGAAUGCAGAUCUGUAUGGGUGCUUAGUUCUAGUUCACUUGGGAUGUAAUUAAAGUUCAGGAUUUGACUUGGCCAGUUAUUUUGUGGUCAUUAGGUUUUUGAUGUUAGGUCAGUCAGUCAGCGAGAAAAUGCUGAUUUUAGAUGUUUGUAUCUUAAUAACCAGUUGAGCAAUGUUCAUCAAAUUUGAGGUUCUAGUUAACCUUAAGGGUAUUAAUAAAUGAACCAAAUUUCAUAUGUUUAUCAGAUUUUGACUUACAUCGGGAUUUGUAUACCUUAAGUGAAAUGUUUGCCAAUGACAAUGUAUGAUUAUUACUGAAUAAAUGAUAUGAUAUGAU